UCGACCGCACGUUCCCGUUUUUCACUAAAAUCUCGAUUGAUGAAACUUUAAAGAAAGUCACAUCAAAGCCAGUGUAUAUUCGCGUCCAUUCCAUUUGUGCUAUAAUCGUGUUUUUAUGAAUAGUUAUAGUUUCCCAUUUAGUGACAGUGAUAAUCAGUUGUUGUCCAAAGUAAUUACUAUUAAAUGUACUAGAAAUGGAGCGCCAAUUGCAGUCACGCUUUAAUUAUACAGUUGUAUGCAGAUAAGUCGUGGAAUUGGAUGGUCUUCGAUGGUGUCACCAAUGUCGUUUUGGUGUGAAUGUUAAGUAGGAAAUGGCGCACUCUGACAUAUGUGCUUCACAGGCGACCACUGCCGACCAGGAUCAGGGAACGUCUUCAAGCGACAGCAAUGUUCCAAAGCCAUCUUUGCCUAACAUCUAUCCACUUGGAACGACAAGAACUUCACAAGCUCAAUCAACGACGAUGAAUUUGGAACAAUACCGCCUCCAGCUGUAUAACUAUGCACUCAAUAUUGAACGACUACGCUGCCCCCAAUAUGGUGGGACGGGUGCCAGUGGAGCUAGUGCUCCUUGGUUGCAUUUAAGCCCCUACGGACACCAUGGCUCAGGCAGUUUUCCAUCAGUUAAUCGAAUGGCCGCUCUUUCAACAAUUUCUCUCUUCCCACAAACUCAACGCAUCUUUCAACCCGAGGAGCCUAAACCGCAACACAGCUAUAUUGGUUUAAUUGCCAUGGCCAUAUUGAGCUCAACUGAUAUGAAGUUGGUUCUCUCAGACAUUUAUCAAUAUAUUUUGGAUAAUUAUCCUUACUUUAGAAGUCGGGGGCCGGGAUGGAGAAACUCCAUCAGGCACAAUCUCUCCCUAAAUGAUUGCUUUAUCAAAUCUGGACGAAGUGCAAAUGGCAAGGGGCACUACUGGGCAAUACAUCCAGCCAACAUGGAGGAUUUUCGCAAAGGGGAUUUUAGACGUCGCAAGGCGCAGCGUAAGGUCCGAAAGCAUAUGGGUCUAUCGGUGGAUGAUGCCAGCACAGACUCGCCCAGCCCGCCGCCUUUGGAUCUUACAACUCCACCCCCACCGAGUUCCCAGUCCGCUCUGCAACUAUCUGCCCUGGGUUAUCCAUACCACCAGCAUUAUAUCGGCCAGUUCUUUAAUCGGAGCUCAGCACCUGGUAUGACGCAUUAUUCCCCCCCAGAUCCAUCCUUGUUAAUGCAACGACAAGAGGCGAAUAACCUGGAUCAGACAAUCCACCCAACUCAGCUUCAGCAGCCACAUUCCCAUCAUCAGCACAUUGCCUAUAUCAACUCCACCACGACAACAACUAUCGCGAAUAUGUUUUCGCAGACGCGAAAGCGCCAGUUUGAUGUGGCUUCGCUACUGGCACCCGACGUCCAAAUCGUUGAUAUUGUCUCUGAAGACCAGGAGUCCUCAGUUACGCCAACCACUUCGGCGAGGACAACAACUCAAACUCAUCAUACUGUCAUUACCAAGCAAACAAUUCACCGCGAAGUUGUGUUGGGAUUAGAAAAGCCUGUGCAAGAUGCAGACAUUGACGCUGAUAUUGAUGUAGAAGUUAAUGUCGACGUGGUAGACGAUAGCAUUAAUCCUGAUACUGAUUCUUAUUCGGAUGGGGAAGAAAGGCAAAAAACAAGGGGCACUUUGAAGCAAAUAUUUUCCAUUGAGGACAAUAACUCGUACCUAACCGAUGGCAGGCUAUCUUCAUUUGAUGCCGGUCCCGAUCAUGACCCAGACCACGAUCCCGAAGACCUUGAACAGCACAACUUUUCAAUUGCCAGCUCCGCAGCCAGGUCCUUGGGUAGCAGUAGUAGCCAACACGAGGAGUCAAGCUCACUAGAGGAAUGUCCUAUACAAGAGUGUAUUGUCGCGCCCCAAACUGCACUCAUAUCGUCAAUGGCUACUGCGAAAACAUCGACCCUGACAGUUCCCAUUUCAGAUGCAUAUAUUGAACUGAACCAAGUUGAUCCACACAUGCUGAGUAGGUACUACGGGUCGUAUAUUGCCGCAGCUGCCCGACGAGCAAGUAUAGAUGCAUCAAAAACUUCGCGGACUUCCUCUAUUACGCCGCCUCCAAAAAUAGAAAUGCUCUCACAAAAGUAAAAGAUAAUUUCAUUGGCAAGAAAAGCAAACAGUUAUUGUAAAAUAUUUGGAAACUAAUUGUCUAAAGUUAUUAACAACCAAUAUUAAAAACUGACCACCCACCCACAAAAAUUCAUACCAUAAAUUUAUAGUUAUUAAAUAGAGUUCUUUCAAUGUAGAUUAAUAUUUAAACAUGCAUAACAAAUGUUACAAUAUUGUUAAACUUCAUAGAAUUCAAAAUAAAUUUAGUGAAUAAAACAAUUCGAAUUUCAGUCAUCUUGAUGUGAAAAAGGUUAUGUUUUCAGCACGGUUACAGUUCUAGUCAUUACAAGUCUUUAGCAACACACAA